UCUUUCAAAGUGGUCAUCCGAAGACGAUCUGAACCACAGCUAGCUGCUCAGCCUAAUGGAGCUCUUGUUAUGAACUGCGGUGGAGGGGCUGAGAGACUAGGAGUGUUGCUUGGAGUCCUCGAUUUUGUCAGGAUCGUGAUAAAUGACCACAUGGAGGAAGGCCUUGGAUGGGAAUAUAUUCAUUAGAGUUCAACUUCUUGGAAAGUGUUACGUCAAUUUUGUUUUUUUGGGACUGACAAAUAGAGAAUAAUAAUAAUAAUAAUAAUAAUAAUAAUACCAUGGCUCAAGUUGAUGCUGAGUUUGCAGUGAAGAGCAGCAGCCUCACGAGAGAAUGGAGCGGACAGGUCCAGCCUGCUCUGGUUGCAUCUUUUAUUUUUCUUAUGUGUCUGGAAGCUGGUCUGUGGAUGAGGAACCUCUGGCUGAAGAGAAAACUGCCGGGACCCUUCGCUUGGCCCGUGGUGGGCAACGCCAUGCAGCUGGGUCAGAUGCCUCACAUCACUUUCACCGAACUAGCCAAGAAAUACGGUAAUGUAUACCAGAUACGGCUAGGUUGCAGUGACAUCGUGGUGCUGAACGGAGACAAGGCGAUACGUCAGGCUCUGAUACAGCACAGCAAGGAGUUUGCAGGGAGACCAAACUUUGUGUCUUUUCAAUGCGUGUCAGGAGGGAAAGGCAUGACUUUCACUAAUUACAGCAAAGAGUGGAAGAUGCACAGGAAAAUUGCUCAGUCCACCAUCAGAGCGUUCUCAUCUGCCAACAGCCAAACCAAAAAAUCUUUUGAGCAGCAAAUUGUAGCCGAAGCGAAGGAACUGGUUGAGAUUUUCCUGAAACUGGGUUCUCACGGCCGGUAUUUUAACCCCGCCCACGAACUGACAGUAGCUGCUGCUAAUGUGAUUUGUGCUUUGUGCUUCGGAAAACGUUACGGACACGAUGAUGCCGAGUUCCGAGCCUUGUUACAGAGAGUAGAUGGUUUUGGACAGACUGUUGGAGCUGGAAGCUUGGUGGAUGUGAUGCCAUGGCUUCAGUGUUUCCCUAACCCUGUCCGCAGUGUCUUCAAGAACUUCAAGAACCUCAACGAGGAGUUCUUUGGGUUUGUUCAGAAUAAGGUGGAAGAACACAGAAAGACUUUCGAUCCAGAAGUAACCCGGGAUAUGAGUGACGCCAUUAUCGGUGUCAUUGACAAACCCGAAUGUGACAACAGUCUGAGUAAAGGCCACACUGAGGGGACAGUGUCGGAUCUCAUCGGUGCGGGUCUGGAUACGGUUUCCACUGCUCUUGACUGGAUCCUGCUACUCUUGGUGAAACACCCUGACAUUCAAACAGAGCUUCACCAGCUCAUUGACAAGGUGGUAGGACCAAGUAGGCUCCCCUCAGUGGAGGACAGAGGUCACCUGGCCUACCUGGAUGCCUUCAUCUACGAAACAAUGCGCUUCACCAGUUUUGUGCCCGUCACCAUCCCCCACUCGACAACCUCAGACGUCACAAUCGAGGGUCUCCGCAUUCCAAAAGACACGGUGGUCUUCAUCAAUCAGUGGUCCAUCAAUCAUGACCCCCUGAAGUGGAAGGACCCGCAGAUCUUUGACCCCUCACGCUUCCUUGACAAAAACGGCUCCCUGGACAAGGAUCUCACUAAUAACGUUAUGAUCUUCUCAGCAGGGAAGAGAAGAUGCAUCGGAGACCAGAUUGCCAAGGUGGAGAUCUUUUUAAUCUUUGCCAUCCUUCUUCAGCAAUGUCACUUUGAAAAAUGUCCAGAUGACGACUUGUCCUUAAAUUGCUCUUACGGUUUAACACUGAAGCCUUUAGAUUUUAACAUAACUGCCAAACCCAGAGGAGAGACACUUCUUGGUCAAUAAGAACAUCUUCAAACAAAGAAAUGUCAACUAAUAUAAGCUAAUUGUGAUGUAAGCUAAGACUGUAUCAUUCGUCCCAUAGAGAGUUUGUAUGCAUGUAUGCCUUUGGACACCUUCCAUAUUGUAUAUCAAAACAAGGUGUUGUACUUAAUGGUACAUAAUAUACUUAAAUGGUACAGUUAUUGAAAUAAUCAGUGGUGUCUGCACUGUGAAGUGUAUCUAAUAUUUUUCUUCUUUUUUGUAGCAAAUAAACCAAUAAACCAUAACAUUCUUAAGUAA